AUGAGGCUCUUCCUCUGCAACUCCUCACCUUCACUCCCUUCGUCACCUCCACCAUCAUCCACUCUCUCUGUCCAUAAAUCCCCAUAUUUCUCUCUCAACUGGCCUCAGAAAACCCUAAUUACAGCUUUGCCUUUUGCUCUCUCGUUUGGCCUCAUAACUUCUUCGCCCAAUUCUAUUGCGUUGGAGUCUUUACCAGUUCAAUCCUCACCUUAUGCAACCGAGUAUUGUCGUGAAGAAGAGAGAGAAGAGCGGGUUGCUGAGACACAGCCAGAGUCUGUGACGAACGAAGGGAUUGUGGAGGAAGCUUGGGAUAUAAUCAAUGAUAGCUUUCUCGAUACUGGUCGGCGUCGCUGGUCCCCUGAAACUUGGCUGCAAAAGAAAGAAGAUAUUUUAGGCACAUCAAUUCACUCAAGAUCAAAAGCUCAUGAUAUCAUCCGGAGGAUGUUGGCCAGCUUGGGUGACCCUUAUACACGUUUCCUUACUCCCUCAGAGUUCUCCAAGAUGGCGAGGUAUGAUAUGAGUGGGAUUGGAGUAAAUCUUAGAGAAGUUCCAGAUGACAAUGGAGGUGUAAAACUGAAGGUUUUAGGUCUCAUUUUGGAUGGUGCUGCCCAUACUGCUGGUGUGAGACAGGGAGAUGAACUGUUAUCUAUUAAUGGUGUGGAUGUGAGGGGGAAAUCUGCCUUUGAAGCAUUUUCUCUGUUACAAGGCCCCAGUGAAACAUUUGUGAACAUUAUGGUGAAGCAUGGAACUUGUGGACCUCUUCAAUCUAUUGAAGUCCAGAGGCAAUCUGUUGCUAGGACCCCAGUUUUUUACCGGUUGGAACAGAUAGAAAACAGUGCCACUUCUGUUGGUUAUGUCCGCCUAAAAGAGUUCAAUGCAUUGGCCAGAAAAGAUUUAGUUACUGGUGCCACUUGGAUGAAUAUUCAUCUGUUAUAUAGAUCAUCUGGCACUGCUUGUGGAACCAGAUAUUGUAGCCCUAUUGGAAGGCCUUAG